AUGGCAGGCGGGCAAGCCGCGCUGCAGGCGCUCGGCGAUGCCGCCUCCUGCCAGCUGCUGGCGCGCGACUACACCGGCGCCCUGGCGCUCUUUACACGUAUGCAACGUCUGGCACUGGAGCACGGCGGCCACCCGGUGCAGCACCCCGAGCCUCCUGGGCCCCAACCGCCCCCGCCGGGAUCCCAGCAGAGACCUGGCUCGGCCCCGACCCUGCCCCUCCCGCUGCUUCCGGACCAAGCCCCAGGUUCUGCUGCGCCCUCUCCCCGCACACUGGGGGCCUUCGCAGACAUCCUUGUCAGGUGCGAGGUGUCCCGCGUGCUGCUGCUGCUGCUCCUGCAACCACCGCCCGCCAAGUUGCUGCCCGAGCAUGCCCAGACCCUGGAGAAGUACUCCUGGGAGGCUUUUGACAGCCACGGCCAGGAUAGCAGCGGCCAGCUUCCCGAGGAGCUGUUUCUGCUAUUGCAGUCCCUGGUCAUGGCUGCCCACGAAAAGGACACGGAAGGCAUCAAGAAGCUGCAGGUGGAGAUGUGGCCGCUGCUGACUGCUGAGCAGAACCACCUCCUUCACCUUGUUCUGCAGGAAGCCGUCUCCCCCUCGGGCCAGGGGGUCUGAAAAGUCACCUGAACCAAACAACCUUUCCUCCUGGUACCGACUUGUUUCAUCUUUGGGGACAGGUGAUGGGAGAUCUUGUGUUCUUGCUUUUAUUUUUUUCUCUAUUCUAUUGCCACCAUGGUAGUUUAGCUGUGCUUGCCUAGCUUGUUACAUAAAUUAAUGUCCUCCAGGUCCAUGCAUACUGCCUCAAACGAGGUAAAUUCAUCCCAUCUUAAGGCUGAAUGAGACUGCACUGUGUAACAAUCUGCUUUCUCUAUGCGCUGGUCAGUUGCUGAAUACUGUGUUGAUUCAUUUUCCUGGUUGUUAUAAGUAUAGAGACAAUAAACAUGGAAGGACAGGUGUUAAAGCAACAACAACAACAAAAAACCAAGAGUCUGAUAUGGGGUAAAGACCUAGAAGAUCGGAGAACCAGGAGUCAGUUGCUUCCUUCCUUUCUCGUUCCUCGGUUGGAAAGGGCUGAGGUCCCGUCUCCACAGUGCUGGGAUUAAAGGCCUGUGCCACCACUUCCGGCUUCGGUGGUUAACUAGUGGCUAGCUCCGCCCUCUGAUCUUGUCAGAACACAAAAUAUCACACAACCAAAAUGGACUCUGAUUGUAUGUCCCUACCGAACUGCACGCCUAAGAUCCAAAUGUGGCUGGGUGUGUGAUUAUUUGCCUUUAACCCUAGCAUUGGAAAGGCAGCAUGGAGUACCUUUACUGUGAGGCUAGCCUGAUCUACAUAAGGCGUUCCAAGCAAGCCUGAACUACAUAGGGAGACCCUGUCUCAAAAACAAAAUAAAUUUCAUGUGUAUUUCACCAAAA